AUGAACUCAGACAAUAUGCAACCUGAUUUGGGGAAACGACGAAUACGCGCACGGGAGAUGCGGAGACUUAUCAAAAAGACCACUCUCACUGAUCAGCAAGCACACUUCAUCUUGAAAGAGAUGGAGAAAUCAAACUCUUUACAUGUUCAGGAUCCAAAUCUCGUUGGUCACGCUGCAGAGGUGCUCUACAUGAGCAUUGUGAAUUACAUAUGCCAGGUCAUUGAUGACCAUCAGUGUGAAAAUUUUCUCGGCUUUGCGUAUCCAUUUUCAGAAGAUGGCCGUCGGCAAAUCAUUUUACUCUGGCAUACGAAAAUUCCACCACUUCCUCCGUUACUUGCCGAUUUGCCGAUAUUCGGGACUCGACUGACAAUUGACUUUAACAAUAUACGACCUGAGAAUGGAGAUGUGUCAAUUCUCACACCUGGGAGUAAGCUAUAUUCUGAAUCUAAUUCUGUCAAUCAGCUCUCUGAAAUGUAUGGCACUCUUGGUUUCAUUAUAACCAUAGACUCAGCUGGAGAUACAAAACAUGUUCUUGCAACAGUUAGCCAUGUUAUUGGAGAUUCUGGAAGGCAUUUAUAUGUUAAGAGCAAUGGGGAACUUCUUCAGCUAACAACUAUUCCUCAGUGUGACAGACUUGGUGGAAGACCAAAGUUUCGAAGAGACUGGUUGAUCGAUCGCCCAGUUCUAGAUGAAAUUUGUUUUCUUGAUAUUCCGGAAAUGUUUGCGUCAAACUUUAUUCCUUGCGUAUUGGGUGAUGUGAAUUGUCAUGAACUCGCGGGUCUUCCCUCCAACAUAGCUGAUGCUGAUAUUGAAAUUAAACGAAGCCCUUCAGCAAUGAACAUUGACUGCUUUCGUGAGUGGGUCAAAAAUAAUAGCCCAGUUGAAGUACAUAAAAUCGGUGCAAGUACAGGUCGUACAUCAGGCUUAUUAGUGGAAAUUUUACACAACCGUCGAGGUCUCAAACAAAAGCUACCAUCUCGGAGACGAAGACGUAUGGCAAAUUCAUCCUCGUCAUCAUCAUCUUCAAGUGAAUUAGACGAGACUCCUGCCUACUUGCUGCGCAUUAAGUGGAAAAAUGCAUAUGACUCAUUUUCUGCACCUGGGGACUCUGGGAGCUUAGUUUUUGCAGAAAAAAAUAGAAAGAUAAUUCCUCUUGGAAUUCAUUAUGGAUCAGACAGUGAUGAGAGCUAUGCUUAUUUAUUAUAUUCUUGGUUUUCAGAAAUAGAGCUGGUACUGGAUUGUGAUGCAUAUUUCUGCAAUCCAGCUAAAUGCUCAUCUGAUAUAGUUAACUUAAUCUGA